GUCGUUACGCACGCGGAGCAGCAGCAGCGGGACUCUUCUGGAGAGGAGAAAUUAUUCGCUACAGAGCUUUCAAAGAUAAAAACUGACGGUCCGAGUGUGUGAUGACUGAUGUGAGGAGCUGCUCGCUUCCUGUCGUUACGCUCUGAUCUUGACUGACCGAUUGACUCUCAGCUGACGUGGUCUUGACGUGUCGUCUCUCCUCUGUGUCUCCAGACUCUGGUUGAAAAGAAGAUCAGAUGAUUAUUUGCAGCGAGACAUGAUGUGAUUCUAGUUUGCUGCACAGGAAGUCCGUGAGAUGUCCUGAUGACCUCUGACCCUCGCACCAUGGACCUCCGUCUGCACGCCAACCCUCAGCACCAAUACAGGGUCAAUGGGGGCGCAGGUCGAAGCUCCAGGCCGGGAGAAGAUGAAGCGCUGCAGUUUCUGAGCCAGGAGGAGCAGGAGUGCAUUCAGUUCUUCGAGAAGACCAUCGACUCAUUGGAGGACAGUCUGGAGGAGAACGACCGGAGGCCCAGGCAGAUGAGGCCCCCAGUGACCAGCAGCCCACCUGUUGAAACAGUCGAUGGACCCCCGACCUCGAGUCCCAUCAUGUCCUCUCCGCUUGCCAGACCUCCCAGUCCCAAAGACCAGGAUAUUAUAUACCUGGUCCGCCCAGAACCGGACUUGGUGCAGACCAAAGAGCCGAUCUUCAGUCCCACCAGUCCAGAUUUUCAGAGUAUGGUGCAGAAUCCUGAAAGCCACUUCGACAUGAAGCCAAGGCGUGAUCCAGUGGACAACUUGCCUUCAGAGUACAAUGCUCCCCUACCAAACUUUGGGCCAACAGACAGCCACUCCCCCUACCACCCUCCAGGCUGUAUCCCCACCCCCGUCCUGAUUGCACAGCAGAUAGCAGAGAACCAGGCAGGUGGAACGUCUACCCUCCAUCCCUCCGCAUUGCUCCGCCGUUGCAGCCUGGACUCCGACAAGCCACUGAGCUUCAACGACCCUCACGCUAAACAGGGUCCUCCUACGUCUGCUAAGCCUACCCGCUUUCCUGCUAACAUCAGCGUGAUCCUGGGCGGCAAGGAGCACCAGAACCAGUCACUACCUAAUGUGAACAUUGAGGAGAGACGGGCACAGAUGCUAGCAAACCUUACAGGAACAUCACACCCUCUGGUGCAGGAAAAUUUCCAGCCAGCUGUGGAGGACAAGCCUCGAAAUAUUCCCACUCGCAGCAUUUCCUUCAAGGACCCGUCACCAGACAAAUCCAGGAUGGAGGCCCUGUCUAAGCUGGGCCUGACCAGAAACCGAGCCAUGUCUGGGGGUAUGUCACUCCUCACUGUCCCUGACAGCACCUUGCCGGAUCCUCCCACAGAUCCAGAAACCAGUGCCAAACCUCUAGAGGCCAGUGUUCCCCCACCAACAGAAACCAGCACCAAAGUGCCAGAAGUUAAUGUCCCGACACCACAUCAGAGUCAGAUUCACGUUGACAGAAAACCAGAGAUUCUGCAGACAGAUUCCUUCAGGAAGUAUGAAGAUAGAAACCAGCAUCCGAGCCCUUCGCCUCCAGCAGUCACACAAAGCAGUUUCUAUCCGCCUCCUUUGGAAACCAAGCGAUCUUUCUCUCCUCCGCCUGAGAUCACCUCGCUGGAGUCUAACAGCUAUGGAGGGAAAUCUAUCGUGAUCAACCCUUCGGUUUCCUCCAGGAGCGAACCUCCAACCUCUCCAACAAGCCCUGAACCCAAAACCCUCCCACCUGUGCUGGCUAACCCCAGCGAGUUCAACCCCUAUGGAGGAAAAUCAAAGGUCAUGACCCCUGCUCCUGUACCCAUUGCCAGGAGCCACCUUCCCGACAUCCUUAGCUCCCAUAUUGACAAAAGUCAAACCUUGCCCGCCAAAUCAGAGCCGCCACCCCCUGAGCUUAACAGUUAUGGAGGAAAGAGCCGAACAUUUAACCCUUCCGCUGGGUUAAAUCGCCCCUCAGACAGCCCUGCCAGGAGUUUCAAAGCUCCAGCUCCGACCCCGGCCCCAAGACCUCCUCGGCACUCCUACCACGGCGCUACCCAGAAACCAGCACUGCGAGCCUUAUCCCCCGAACUUAAGCGGAGACCCGCCUCCAUGUUUCGUCCACAAGGCAUCACCGUGCAGUUUUCUGGACGGGGCGCGACGGACGAAUCACGUAGGGAUGCGCUAAGGAAACUGGGGCUCCUGAAAGAGUCUUGAUGAACUCUGGAAUGAAUUCUUCAGUCUCCACCCGUCGAGCCUGAAUCUCUGGUGUGUACCUGCUGGUCGAGGUGGAAUGUCAGAAGUUUCCCCAUGUGUGUCUGAGAGAAAGGUGUGGUUAGAGAGACAUUUAACAUGGGAAUGGAGCCAGAAUCUACGAUGGACCUGCACAGCCAGUUCUCACUUCCUGGCCAUAAAUAUACUGACAGACAAGUGUGACACGGUGCAGCUGCUGCACACUCAACACUGUGUCAAUGACAGAAGUCUUGACAAAUCAACUGUUUCAUGUUGCCUCUGAUGUGAGACAUCGUAUACCUCUGCACAAGAUACUCUGGAACAAACUGUAAAGAGAAGCAUCCUGUUCUCACAGGAAUCAAAUAACUUUUGGUUUCACCUUUGUUUGCAACAAAUGAGGCUGAUUGUGAAAAGCCAUAUUUAUAAAUCUGGGCUCCGUUUCCUUAAAACAUAUUUAAGACAAAGGUUAGAGAUGUUUUAUAUUUUUGUUAUUGUUAGCAAAUCCAAAAAAGACUCAGCCCCGACCCCACUGGUUCCUACUGAAGACUAGUCUUUAAAAACUCCUUAAACAUCAACAAAUUCUCAAACAACAGUUGGUAUGAUAUCCUACGAAUUUGUGUCCCAGCAAGGUCGUUACAUCCUUAACGUAUACGUAGGUAAUAAAAAUAAAGUUACAGUGGUUACGGUUAGGAAAAGAAACAUGGUCUGGACGUACCUUAAAAUGACCUUUCCUCCUGUCAUCACAGUGGUCCUAAAUAUAUAGGUUUUGCACAAAUGCCGGCUCAUCUUUAAGUUGAAUAUGAACGAAUCUGGUGCAUUAGCUUUCGUAUGAAAACGUAUGACAGCCUGCACAGAUAGUUCAGUAACUUCAGCUUACGGAUACGGAUGAAACGGAGCAGAAUCACUGGAGAUCGUGGAGGCAGUUUGGCGUAGUUCAAGCGAGAGGCGACCGUAGGAGACAGCUAAGACAUUUACAAAAAGGCAGAACGGAAAGAAUCAGUAAUAUAGUAAAAACAAUUCUCUGUCCACACACUGUGAUGUAGUUAAUGGUGUAAAACACCAAUGCCGUUUACAACGCUGCAUCCGUUAAAAGUUAUAUAAUUAGGUCACCGUGUCACUUUAUUUAUUGUUGUGCGAAACUUUUUUCAAUGCCAUCUGUUGGCUGUAUCUAUGUCAACAUAAACGACGCAUGGGGACGUUUACAUUUGAAACAGACAGAUCCAUUUUCGUACGUAAAGUGAGUAUAAAUGAGCCCUAAGAUGUUCUUCGGAGACGCGGCCCAGAUUUAAGAUUUUAUAGAUUUUUACUAAAAUUUUAUAUUUAGUUUUUCUGUCAAAGCGCCAAACUGUCCCUGCGCCUCGACUCUCCAGGGCCCAACAGCCCCGUGUGGCAGCUAGUUUGUGGUAAUUCCAUAAGAUGCAUAUUUGUUUGGUUAUAAACUCGGCUCCUUAAUUUUUGGCAAAUUUUGGGGCUUUUAUUACCGUCAUUAUUAUUAUUACCAUAAUUAUUUUAGUUUUUAAAUAAAUUUGUGCUUAAAUUGCCACAAAUUAAACUGACACACCACGAACUCGGGGUUAGUCGUCCAAAAUAGUUAUUAUAGGAAAUUAAAUAUGCAAUGCAGUAUGUGUCCAUGUGAAGCCAGGGGGUCAGUGGGGGCCAGCAUCUCAGUUUUGCCCCUCGGCCCCUAAACAUAUUUAUCCAGCCCUGCUAAAAAAAAAGAAAGAAAGUGUGUUUUUAGCUGUAAGAAGGUACUUACAACCUGCAACUUACAAUUUACAGCUUAUGAGCAGCUAAUUAUGCACAAGAGUAAUUUAAAUAUUUAAAAUCACAGCUGUUUGAGCCCUAAAUUGUUUAAAUCUUUAAAAAAAUGUUUGCAAACACUUUGUAAAGACCUCCUAAUGUUUGUCUCUGUAUCAGCGUAAGUUAGAAUAUUUGUUGUACGGUGUCACUUCCUUCUAUCAGCAGAGUGGAUUAAUGUUCAUACACAGGCUGUGAAGUUAUUCGGGAGCCUUUUUUUUUUGUUUCACUGGUUUGUUUACCGACUUUGGGCAUUUUUUUUGUCAGCGGUGUGUGUGUGUGUGUUUUCUGUCAGCACUUUGGGUCAAGAACAAAGUUGAAGGCACUUUUCUCGAGUGCAAUUUUGUUCCUUCUGAAAUGACUUUAGUUUGUUGUAAAGAGCAGGUCCCUAUUAGAGAGGGACUCGUCUCCAUGCAGCGUCGUGCUGCAGUAACAAAGCUGCAGACGUUACAGUGAAAAAGAGAAAUGUAGAAAAAUGUAAAUGUGAGCUGAGCUGCAGGAUAUUUUUACUCUAACCUCCCACACCAAACCACAGACUGUGGAAUGGCUCUGUGGGCAGGACUUUUACUUUUUUACUACGCAGAGGGAACACUUCCACACGGCUCUUUAGGGAUGGGCGAGCACAUGGCAUUGUACAAAACACAAGCACUAAAACCACAGAGUCCAGAAAUACAUCCUGGAUUACUGUGUGUUUUUGUUCCUGUCGAGCUGUUGGCGAUAACUUCCUGUGUGUUAUUCAACUGUUGUAUCAGCGUUAGCAUGUGUGUGUGUGUGUGUGUGUGUGUGUGUGUGUGUGUGUGUGUGUGUAUGUGUGUGUGUGUGUGUGUGUGUGUGUGUGUGUGUGUGUGAGUUUUAUCCAGACUCCGGUUCCGCUGUAGUUCAGCUACAGUAACUUUUGAAGUAUAUUUAGUGUCACACAGUUCCUCUCCUGCGUGAGGAUUCAUGUGUGACGUGUUUACAGACUCCGGUUCCUCUGUAGUUCAGCUACAGUCAUUUUGAAGUAUCUGAUGGUGCAUACGUACAGUAUAUAUAACUACAUCCUGUCCUUCGUUCUGAGGGAACCUUUGUGCACAGAACAGGGAUUUAAGACGUGCAUGCCUGUGUGGUGAAUGGGAAGAUCAGAGGGAGAGUUGCUGCUACGGUUCGACAGCCUGUUUAACGUUCUGACUCUUUAAAUGUCCACGUUAGAAGCUGUACAUACUCUGCUGACAUAUACCUGAUGUUGAGUUUCUGUCGUCAAUCAUUAAACAGAAUAAUAA